AUGGACCACAAGAGGAAGGCUUCAAGCGAGGACGUCCCUCCCUCAAACGGGCUACCUCGAACCGCAUGGGUGAUGUCAACAGAGAGCCCCCUUCCACUUCCAGGUACAUGGAACGACGAGUAUUCCCCGCGAGAUAUGACUGGAUGUCCGGCCUGGUUUGGCAGCACCUUGAAACGAUGCGAGACGGAAUCACCCAAACCGAAACGGAUAAAGCACGAAAAUAGCAAUUCCCGCAACGGAUCCGUAUUCGCUGGCUAUAGCGACAGCGAGCUUCAGUCCGCUACGCCUUCGAUCUUUAGUCCCUCCCUGAGCGAGUACUCUGAAACAGACUCAUAUCCAAAGCGCCAAGCGUUAUUUCCACCGUUGAUGCCUUCACCGAACGAGUUUCCCAGUGCCGAGCGCGUUUCGAAAAGACGAGUGAAGAAGAAGAGAAUUCGGGAGUCAGCCGAUAUGGAUCGGAAUUAUGUUGAUGAUCAGAACAGUGAUGAUGGUGACUAUGACGUCGACACCCCGGGCGUUAUCGAAAGGUCGGAGCGCGACGAUAUCGUCUUCAUUCUGAGCAGGGAGAAGGCGAAGCGCAUGGCGCAGGCUGUCAAGGUACCCCAGGACACGAAGAUGGGGCACGAGGAAAAGAGUCUAUAUCUUGAUCUUGCCACCCGCGGCUGUUAUCCAGUGCUACCAUCACACUGGAAGAUGGACUUUGCGACACUCCCAGAGUCCCUGUUUCCAACGGGGGAUGAAGAAAUCGACGAGAGCCAAUUCGCCUUCAAAGUACAAAAGGCAUCCAAUUUCUAUGCCAUUAGAGCCUUGCACGAGAUUCUCAAGGUCCCUGGUCGCGUGCGAGAUUGCAGGUUUCUCACCGUCCGUCCGCAAGACGUGGUUAAGAAGGCGAUUAAGAGGUACCUGCGCUGGGCGAUUACCGAUGCCGGCCUGAGGAAGAAAGGAAAGACGACGUCCGUUUACACAAUUGUCACCCAGGCGCCAGAAGAGCCAACUCUACCAGUUGUCAAUAGAGUGAUUUCCAGACUAGAGCGCCUUGCGAAGAAACAUAAGGAUAUGUACAGUGGUACUAAGGACCCAUACUGGCCUACUCUGGUCGGAUUUUGUCUUUGUGGGCCUAUUGUCACUAUUCUUUCUGUGGAUACCGACCCGGAAUCUGCUACUUGGAAGGAGGAAAACUCUGCCUGUCAUGCCAAGUACAUGGGUCAGUUUGAUAUGUCGGAAGAUGACCAGGAUGUCUGGAACUCGCUCGCUCUGGCAAUCGCAGUCAUUCAUAUCAGGCGGACUAUGACGCGACUUGCUGAUCACUAUCCUUACAUGGAGAAGGUUGCUCAGCGGCGGAGAGAGGGAGAUCCCACGGAUGAUGAGGAUUUGUGA